AUGUCAUUUUCCGAGCUUGGUGUCGCCAAGUGGCUUUCGGAAUCGCUCCAGGCGAUGCAGAUUCACACCCCCACGGCCAUUCAGGCCGCCUGUAUCCCGGAAAUCCUAAAAGGAAAGGACUGCAUUGGAGGAGCCAAAACCGGUUCAGGUAAGACCAUCGCUUUUGCCGGACCAAUGCUCACAAAAUGGUCCGAGGAUCCCAUGGGCAUUUUUGGUGUUGUUCUCACGCCCACGAGAGAGUUGGCGAUGCAGAUUGCCGAGCAGUUCGCCGCCCUAGGCGCCAAUAUGAACAUCCGUUUGGCGGUAGUGGUUGGAGGAGAAGAUAUCGUGAAGCAAGCGUUGGAACUCCAACGAAGACCGCAUUUUGUGAUUGCCACGCCGGGCCGUUUGGCUGACCAUAUUUUGAAUUCGGGAGAAGAGACCAUCAAGGGGCUCCGGAGCGUGAAGUACUUGGUUCUAGACGAAGCCGAUAGAGUGCUCAGUAACUCGUUCAGCAAAGACCUUCUGCGGUGUUUAGAGGUGAUGCCCGAGGCUUCCAAACGCCAAACUCUCCUUUUCACCGCCACGGUGACAGACGCCGUGAGAGCACUCAAAGAAAAACCACCUGCCAAAGGAAAACCGCCUGUUUUCAUGCACGAGGUGGAUUCCGUCGAUAAGGUCGCCAUUCCAGCCACGUUGCUGCUUUACUACGUCUUCACGCCGUCGUACGUCAAGGAAGCAUACCUCCACACGGUGUUGCUGCUUGAAAAGUACCAGGAUCUGAACGUCAUCAUCUUUGUCAACAGAACCCACCAGGCCGAGCUUCUAAGGCGUACGCUUCGUAAAAUGAACUUCAGAGUGGCAUCCUUGCAUUCCCAGAUGCCCCAGCUGGAAAGAACCAACUCCUUGCAUCGUUUCAAGGCCCAGGCUGCAAAGAUUCUUAUAGCCACCGAUGUCGCAUCCAGAGGUUUGGAUAUUCCCACGGUGGAGCUUGUGGUGAACUACGACAUUCCAGCUGACCCGGACGAUUUCAUCCACAGGGUCGGUAGAACGGCCAGAGCGGGCCGGAAAGGUGACGCUGUGUCGAUUGUGGGAGAAAGGGAUGUGGAGAGAAUUAUGGCCAUUGAGGAGCGUGCUAAGGAAAAACACGUUUUGUUGAAGGAGGCCGACGACGAUGCUGUUAUCGAGAAGUCCUUGACGAAAAUGAGCACUGCCAAGAGAGAGGCGCUUAUGGACAUGGAGCGGGAGAACUUUGGAGAAAAGCGGGAGAUCAACAAACGCAAGCAUGAGGAUGGCGGGAAGAAGAAGAAGGCGAAGCAUAAGUAG